GAUAACUUCUGCACACGUGGGAAGGCCGUAUGUGCCAUAUGAAAUGGCUUCAAAUAGAACAAAAAGAAGAAGGGUUUCAAGAUCUUGUUUCAUCAAAAUCGCCGGAAGAACUUACUAAAGCUGCAAAAAAGAUCGAAAAAUCAAUACACCAAGGAGACGUAGACUGUCUUUCUAUAAACGACGCUUUAGGGCUUUUCUUCGAUUUAAACCUAUCAAAGGAAAAGUAUAAUACUUUGCGAUCAGUGGUAAACAGAAUUCACAAAGACUGUUUUCCCAGUUAUUAUGCUCUUAAAAUAGGCAAAGACGAAAUGCUCCCAAACCCGAUCACAGUAUCCGAAACGUCAGCUGAGGUACCACUUCAGGAUUUGGUUAAUAGAACGGUAUCAAGUUUGGUACAUUUAAGUACUUUUAAAGAAAAAUGUAAUGAGGAAAUUGGCUUGACUUUAGAGUGCAAAUGGGGAUUUGAUGGCAGCAGCGGUCACAGCCAAUACAAGCAGAAGUUUACAGAGGAGCCCAAUUCGGACGAAUUUCUCAUUGUUUGUGCAAUAGUACCACUUCGCAUUGUAAAUAACACCAGUGGCAAAGAGGUUUGGUUAAACAGCCAAUGCUCCUCAUCGCGGUAUUGUCGCCCAAUUAAAAUAUGCUUUAAGAAGGAAUGCCCUCAGCUAGUUCGAGAGUUGGAAAACAACAUGCAAAAGGAAAUCAGUGAACUUCGAACUUAUCAACCCACUGUUGGUGAGAAAAAAGCUUGCGUUGAUUUUAAAUUCAUGUUGACAAUGAUGGACGGGGCUAUAAUUAAUGUUUUGACUGGUAAUACAGCCGGCCAAACGUGUUACUUAUGCCAUGCAAAACCAAUAGAAAUGAACACUUUAAAUAUUCGCGAAAAACCCGUCAACAAAGAGUUUUUUAAAUACGGCCUUUCUACUUUACAUGCACAUAUAAAGUUCUUUGAGUGUAUCUUGCAUAUAUCGUACAGGUUGCCUUUAAAAUGCUGGAGAGUAACAGGAGAACGUAACAAACAAACUUUUAAUGAAAAUAAAAAGAGAGUACAGCACGAGUUUAAACUAAAAACCGGAUUAAUUAUUGAUGGUGUUAAAACAGGUUAUGGCACCACCAAUGAUGGAAACACUGCCCGCCGUUUUUUUGAAAAUUGUGAAAUUUCUGCAGAAAUUACCAAAAUUGACGUAAACCUUAUUAAAAAUUUUGAUAAAAUAUUACGUAUUAUAUCCUGCGCAAAGCAUAUAAAUUUUACUGAAUUUGAAGCUCUUUUGGAUAAAACAUUUCAUUUGUAUUUAAAUUUGUAUUCGUGGUAUUACAUGCCCAGUACGGUUCACAAAAUUCUUGUACAUGGGAGCCAGGUAUCAAAAAGCUUCGAAAUAUCUAUUGGGCUUUUAUCGGAGGAAGCUAUAGAAACCCAGCAUAAGGAAAUAAGGAAAAUGCGCCUCAAUAAUGCCAGAAAAGUAUCAACAAUUGCAACAAAUUAUGAUAUAAUGUCUAAUAUGUUAUUAUCAUCUGAUCCGCUUUUGGUCAGGAAAAGGAAAAGUGUUAAAUUCAAUUCCUUUGAGAACAUAAAGGAAUACGUUGUACAAGACGACAAAGGUGAAGCAAACAGUGGUAGUGAAGUGAGCGACGAUGAAUUAAUUUAGAACUUAUUAGUAAAUUUAUAUACAUAUAUGUACAUAUGAUUCCUAAAUCGCAUUUUCAGUAUCUUGAAAGGUUUGAUUUGUGUUCUUACAGUAGUAAUUUAAUUGACAAAUGUUCGUUAUUUCAAUGGUCUCAUAUUUGUUGUUAAAGUUUUCAGACAAAAUAAAAGUAUAAAUUGUGUUAGCCCGACAAUUGAUCACCAAAAUGCAAUGACACUACAACUUGUUCGAAAUAAAAAAUAAAGAUCAUUUAUUUCUUUAAAAUAUUAUUUAAAGAAUAGGUUUGGAUUUGACAAAACUUUUAUAUGGAUGUUGGAGAAUGUGCAUCAUAUUUCAAAUGUAUGCAUUAAUAAGUAAAAUGGGGGAGCGUUGAUUAAAAUUUCAUCAAAAUUGGUCCGUCCUUAGUAGCAGAAACUGAAAUUUGUGUGAGCGGUGGGCGAACCAGUCGGCCAAUCUUGAUCAUCUUUCAGAUUUAUUAUUUUAAACGCCAAGCCUGUGACCAAACCGAAUUUCAUCAAAAUCGGUUCACUUUUAAUAUUUCCGCCCACAAGUGCAGUGGGCGUGGCAGUGAGCCUAUCCACAAUAUACUUCAUAUCUCUUCUUUCCCAAGUGAGAGUAAAACAUACACCACGUUUAAACUAAAUCAAGGCGCGUUUACUAGUUUUGGCCGCGGCUUAUAUGGGGACG